GGUACUAUCUUAAACUAGUCACUAAUAUUUUAUGCUGCCCGCAAAGUUCACUUUCGGCGGUCUUAAAGAUUCCUUUUUUUUUUUUUUUAAAUUUUUUCAAUGCCCAUGUUCCUCACGCCAAACUGGAGAAAUUUGAUUAAUUUCUAAGAAACCUAUCAGCGUCAUUGACAUUAAAAACUGUUCAUUUACUCAUAUUCCAAUAAUCUUUCAUCAAAUCCAGCUCAACCCAAAUAUGUUUUCCUCUAAAUCUUCUGCUGCUGCUGAUAUGAUCAAAGCAAGGACAUACCAUGUUUUCCUUAGCUUCAGAGGCAGGGAUACUCGUGAUGGUUUCGUGAGUCAUCUGUAUAAAGAUUUGUGUCGAAAGAAUAUCCAAACUUUUAUAGACGAUGAGGAGCUUCGAAAAGGAGAUGAAAUUUCAGGGGCACUGUUGACGGCCAUUCAAGCAUCCAGGGUUUCAGUCAUUGUUUUCUCCAAAGACUACGCUUCUUCCAAAUGGUGCUUGGCUGAGCUGGUCAAGAUCAUGGACUGCAACAAAUGGGUUGUUCCUGUAUUUUACGGUGUGGACCCAAGAGAUGUACGUAACCAAACAGGGAGUUUUGCAGAUGCAUUUGCAAAGCAUGAAGAAAAUUUCAAGCAUGAGCCAGAAAAGGUGAAAACCUGGAGAAGUGCUUUGACUGCAGCUGGCAAAUUAUCCGGUUGGGAUUCACAAGUCACUCGGCCUGACUCAACUCUGGUAGAUAAAAUUAUCGAAGAUAUAGUGAAGAAAUUGAAUUGUGGAACCUCAAGCGCUAAUUUAAAGGGUUUAGUUGGAAUUAAAAGGCGGAUGCAGGAAGUUUUGUCAUUAUUUCAGGACGGAUUCCCAGAUUUUCGAAUGCUAGGCAUUUGGGGUAUGGGAGGUAUAGGCAAAACUACACUUGCCGACGCCAUUUAUCACCAUGUUUCAAAUGGUUUCCAAAGAUGCUGCUUUCUUGCAAACGUGAGAGAACAUGAUGAACAAAGAGAAUUAUUAAAAUUGCGUACGGAAUUUCUUUCAACUAUAUUAGAAGAUGAAAAUUUAUAUAUCUCAACGCCAACAACCGGAUCAGGCUUUAUUAAGGACAGGCUUUCCAAGAAGAAGGUUCUGAUAGUUUGUGAUGACGUGUCAAAGUUAAGCCAACUUGAGUUUUUAUUUGGAGGAAUCGAUCAGUUUGGCCCUGGAAGUCGAGUCAUUGUUACCACUAGAAAUAAACAAGUGCUUAUCCAGGGUGGCAUGGAUCUGGAUCUCAUUUAUGAAGUGAAGAAAUUAAAUUCUUAUGAAUCUGUUCAGCUCUUUUGUCAACGUGCCUUCAAAAGUUAUAAUCCUAUAGAAUAUCAGUUGAAGCUAUCAGAGAUGGUUUUAAGUGUUGCUGAUGGAAACCCUUUAGCUAUUACACUUAUAGGAUCCUCUCUGUGUGGCAAGACCAGAAGCUACCGGGAAAGUGAAGUAAAGAAAUUAAAUAAAGUUCCUAAACAGGGCAUUCAAGAAGUGUUGAAAUGGAGUUUUGAUGGACUAGAUUGUGAAGAGAAAGAAAUGUUUCUUGACAUUGCUUGUUUCUUUAAAGGGAAGGACCGAGACUAUGUAACAAGUUUUAUGGAUGCUUGUUAUGUCUCUGCACAUUCGGGGAUUGAGAACCUCAUUGAUAAAUCUCUUAUAUCUGUUUCAGAAAAUCAGAUAGCAAUGCAUGAUUUAUUGCAACAGAUGGGUUGGAAUAUUGUACACGAUGAAUCACCUUUAAAGCCUGAAAAACGCAGUAGGCUGUGGAUUCCUGAGGACAGCUAUGAUGUGCUCUCAAAAAACAAUGGAACGGGAAGGCUCACAGGCAUUGUACUUAAUAUGUCCAAACUUCCAAAGUUGGAAUUGGAACUGACAGCCUUGAUGAAGAUGCGAAAGCUUAGAUUUCUCAAAUUCUAUCAUUCUUGUGGAAGAAUCUUACUUUCUAAAGGGCUUCUAUCAUUUCCUGAGGAGCUAAGGUACCUUUUCUGGGAGGGAUACCCUUUGAGAUCUUUGCCCACCAAGUUUGAUCUAAGGUACCUAGUUGAACUUGAUAUGAGCAAGAGCCAUCUUGAACAACUCUGGGAGGGAAAACAGGAUUUAGUAAAUUUGAAGGUUAUCACACUCAGAUAUUCCUGGAACCUUGUAAGAAUCCCGGACCUCUCAAAUGCCAGAAAUCUUGAAGUGAUAAACCUUUCCGGGUGUUCUAACUUGCGUGAGCUUCCUUCAUCCCUUCAACAUCUUGAGAAGCUAACUAUUUUGUAUUUCUGCGAUUGCGAAAAUCUUAGAUCUCUGCCUAGCUUUUACAAAGCCACAGCCCUCACCAACCUUCAUCUUAGUGGCUGCUCAAAUCUGUGUUGUUUUCCAGAAAUCAUGGGCACCAUGGAGGAACUAUAUGAACUUGAUUUAAGCGAAACGGCUUUGAAAGAAUUACCAUCCUCAAUUGGCAAUCUUACUGGUCUUUACUAUUGGAGAAUGGCCAACUGUAAAAACCUUGUUUGCCUUCCUGAUAGCUUUUAUAAAUUGAAAUCUCUUAAGACAUUCGAUCUUGAAGGUUGCUCGAGAUUGGAGAUUUUCCCAGAAGUCAUGGACACCAUGAAGGAACUGUAUGAACUUGAUUUAAGUGGAACAGCUUUGAAGGAAUUAUCAUCCUCAUUUGGAAAUCUUAUUGGUCUUAAGAAAUUGAGACUUAAAAACUGUGAAAACCUUGUCUGCCUUCCUGACAACUUUUAUAAAUUGAAAUCUCUUAAGACACUCGAUCUUGAAGGUUGCUCGAGAUUGGAGAUUUUCCCAGAAGUCAUGGACAACAUGGAGGAACUGGAUGAACUUGAUUUAAGAGGAACGGCUUUGAAGGAAUUACCAUUCUCAAUUGGCAAUCUUAUUGGUAUUAAGUAUUUGAGAAUGAAAAACUGUAAAAACCUUGUUUGCCUUCCUGACAGUUUUUAUAAAUUAAAAUCUCUUAAGACAUUCGAUCUUGAAGGUUGCUCGAGAUUAGAGAUUUUCCCAGAAGUCAUGGACACCAUGGAGGAACUGUAUGAACUUAGUUUAAGUGGAACGGCUUUGAAGGAAUUACCACUCUCAAUUGGCAAUCUUAUUGGUCUUGAGUAUUUGGUAAUGAAAAACUGUAAAAACCUUGUUUGCCUUCCUGAUAGUUUUUAUAAAUUGAAAUCUCUUAAGACAUUCAAUCUUGAAGGUUGCUUGAGAUUGGAGAUUUUCCCAGAAGUCAUGGACACCAUGAAGAGGUUGACGGGUCUUGGUUUAAGCUAUACGGCUUUGAAGGAAUUACCAUCCUCAAUUGGCAAUCUUAUUGGUCUUAAGGUUUUGAGAAUGCAAUACUGUAGAAACCUUGUUUGCCUUCCUGACAGCUUUUAUAAAUUGAAAGCUCUUAAGACAUUCAAUCUUGAAGGUUGCUCGAGAUUGGAGAUUUUCCCAGAAGUCAUGGACACUAUGAAGGAACUGUAUGAACUUGAUUUAAGCAGAACGGCUUUGAAGGAAUUACCAUCCUCAGUUGGCAAUCUUAUUGGUAUUAAGUAUUUGAGAAUGGAAAAUUGUAAAAACCUUGUUUGCCUUCCUGACAGCUUUUAUAAAUUGAAAGCUCUUAAGACAUUUGAUCUUGAAGGUUGUUCGAGAUUAGAGAUUUUCCCAGAAGUCAUGGACACUAUGAAGGAACUGUAUGAACUUGAUUUAAGCAGAACGGCUUUGAAGGAAUUACCAUCCUCAGUUGGCAAUCUUAUUGGUCUUAAGUAUUUGAGAAUGGAAAAUUGUAAAAACCUUGUUUGCCUUCCUGACAGCUUUUAUAAAUUGAAAUCUCUUAAGAGUUUAUAUCUUCAAGGUUGCUCGAGAUUGGAGAUUUUCCCAGAAGUCAUGGACACCAUGGAGGGACUGUAUAAACUUGAUUUAAGCGGAACAGCUUUGAAGGAAUUACCAUCCUCAAUUGAUAAUCUUAUUGGUCUUCAAUAUUUGAGCUUGAAGGACUGUAACAACCUUGUUUGCCUUCCUGACAGCUUUUAUAAAUUGAAAUCUCUUCUGAUAUUCAAUCUUGAAGGUUGCUUGAGAUUGGAGAUUUUUCGAGAAGUCAUGGACAUCGUGGAGAGGUUGAAGUUGCUUGAUUUAAACGGAACGGCUUUGAAGGAAUUACCAUCCUCAAUUGACAAUCUUAUUGGUCUUAAGCAUUUGGAAAUGAAAAACUGUAAAAACCUUGUUUGCCUUCCUGACAGCUUUUAUAAGUUGAAAUCUCUUGAGGGAUUCUAUCUUAAAGGUUGCUCGAGAUUGGAGAUUUUUCCAGAAGUCAUGGACACCAUGGAGAGGUUGACGGUUCUUGGUUUAAGUGGAACAGCUUUGAAAGAAUUACCAUCCUCAAUUGGCAAUCUUAUUGGUCUUAAAUAUUUGAGAAUGAAAAAUUGUAAAAACCUUGUUUGCCUUCCUGACAGCUUUUAUAAAUUGAAAUCUCUUAAGACAUUUGAUCUUGAAGGUUGCUCGAGACUGGAGAUUUUUCCAGAAGUCAUGGACACCAUGGAGGAACUGUAUGAACUUGAUUUAAGUAGAACGGCUUUGAAGGGAUUACCAUCCUCAAUUGGCAAUCUUAUUGGUCUUAAGGGUUUGAGAUUGAAAAACUGUAAAAGCCUUAUUUGCAUUCCUGACAGCUUUUAUAAAUUGAAAUCUCUUAAGACAUUCCAUCUUUGUGGUUGCUCGAGAUUGGAGAUUUUCCCAGAAGUCAUGGACACCAUGGAGGAACUGUAUAAACUUGAUUUAAGCGGAACGGCUUUGAAGGAAUUACCAUCCUCAAUUGGCAAUCUUAUUGGUCUUGAGUAUUUGAGAAUGAAAAACUGUAAAAGCCUUGUUUGCCUUCCUGACAGCUUUUAUAAUUUGAAAUCUCUUGAGAUAUUCGAUCUUGAAGGUUGCUCGAGAUUGGAGAUUUUCCCAGAAGUCAUGGACACCAUAGAGGAACUGUAUGAACUUGAUUUAAGCGGAACGGCUUUGAAGGAAUUACCAUCCUCAAUUGACAAUCUUAUUGGUCUUCAGUAUUUGAGAAUGAAAAACUGUAACAACCUUGUUUGCCUUCCUGACAGCUUUUAUAAAUUGAAAUCUCUUAAGACAUUCGAUCUUGAAGGUUGCUCGAGAUUGGAGAUUUUCCCAGAAGUCAUGGACACCAUGGAGGAACUGUAUAAACUUGAUUUAAGCGGAACACCUUUGAAGGAAUUACCAUCCUCAAUUGACAAUCUUAUUGGUCUUAAGAAAUUGAGACUUAAAAAUUGUGAAAAACUUGUCUGCCUUCCUGACAGCUUUUAUAAAUUGAAAUCUCUUAAGACGUUCGAUCUUGAAGGUUGUUCGAGAUUGGAGAUUUUCUUAGAAAUCAUGGACACCAUGGAGAGGUUGACGGUUCUUGAUUUAAGUGAAGCGGCUUUGAAGGAAUUACCAUCCUCAAUUGACAACCUUAUUGGUAUUAAGUAUUUGAGAAUGAAAAACUGUAAAAAUCUUGUUUGCCUUCCUGACAGCUUUUAUAAAUUGAAAUCUCUUAAGAGGUUCGAUCUUGAAGGUAGCUUGAGAUUGGAGAUUUUCCCAGAAGUCAUGGACACUAUGGAGGAACUGUAUGAACUUGAUUUAAGCGGAACAGCUUUGAAGGAAUUACCAUCCUCAAUUGACAAUCUUAUUGGUCUUCAGUAUUUGAGAAUGAAAAAUUGUAACAACCUUGUUUGCCUUCCUGACAGCUUUUAUAAAUUGAAAUCUCUUAAGACAUUCGAUCUUGAAGGUUGCUCGAGAUUGGAGAUUUUCCCAGAAGUCAUGGACACUAUGGAGGAACUGUAUGAACUCGAUUUAAGAGGAACCGCUUUGAAGGAAUUACCAUCCUCAAUUGACAAUCUUAUUGGUCUUCAGUAUUUGAGCUUGAAGGACUGUGAAAACCUUGUUUGCCUUCCUGACAGUUUUUAUAAAUUGAAAUCUCUUGAGACAUUCGAUCUUGAAGGUUGCUCGAGAUUGGAGAUUUUCCCAGAAGUCAUGGACACCAUGGAAGAACUGUAUGAACUUGAUUUAAGUAGAACGGCUUUGAAGGAAUUACCAUCAUCAGUUGGCAAUCUUAUUGGUCUUGAGUAUUUGAGAAUGAAAAACUGUAAAAACCUUGUUUGCCUUCCUGAUAGCUUUUAUAAAUUGAAAUCUCUUAAGACAUUCGAUCUUGAAGGUUGCUCGAGAUUGGAGAUUUUCCCAGAAAUCAUGGACACCAUGGAGGAACUGUAUGAACUUGAUUUAAGCAGAACGAGUUUGAAGGAAUUACCAUCCUCAAUUGGCAAUCUUAUUGGUCUUAAGGGUUUGAGAUUGAAAUACUGUGAAAACUUUAUUUGCCUUCCUGACAACCUUUAUAAAUUGAAAUCUCUUAUGACAUUCCAUCUUUGUGGUUGCUCGAGAUUGGAGAUUUUCCCAGAAGUUAUGGACACCAUGGGGGAACUGUAUGACCUUGAUUUAAGCGGAACGGCAUUGAAGGAAUUACCAUCCUCAAUUGGCAAUCUUAUUGGUCUUAAGUAUUUGAGAAUGAAAAACUGUAAAAACCUUGUUUGCCUUCGUGACGGUUUUUAUAAAUUGAAAUCUCUUAAGACAUUCAAUCUUGAAGGUUGCUCGAGAUUGGAGAUUUUCCCAGAAGUCAUGAACACCAUGGAGGAACUGUAUGAACUUGAUUUAAGCGGAACGGCUUUGAAGGAAUUACCGUCCUCAAUUGACAAUCUUAUUGGUCUUAAGGAAUUGAGAUUUAAAAACUGUGAAAACAUUGUCUGCCUUCCUGACAGCUUUUAUAAAUUUAAAUCUCUUUUAUGUCUUAGUCUUUGUGGUUGUUCAAAUCUAGUCGUAAAAAACUUGUUUACUUCGGUUGGAGGCAGACCAGUGAAUCAGAAAGAUCUCCAUGGGUUAUCCUCUUUGAAGAAGUUAGAUUUAUCUAAAAGCAAUCUUGAGAACUUCCCCACAACCAUCAAACAAUUUCCUUGCUUGGAAGAGUUAAUCAUGAGGAAAUGCAAGAGACUGAAAUCACUACCAGAGCUUCCACCAAGCCUGGUAUAUUUAGAUGCAGAUGACUGUACUUCAUUAGAGGAUGUCUCAAGCAUUAAGAAGCAUUUUGAGCAAGCACUGUUUUGUGAGGAUGGAUCGAAUCGAUGGUUGAAGUUGAUAUUUACCAAUUGCUUCCAACUGAAUGAGAACUGUACGGAGAAUGAUACUUCAGUGGAGGAAGUUUCAAGCAUUAAGAAGCUUUUGAAGCAAGCAGUGUUUUGUAAAUCCUUGGGUUGGCUAUUUACCAACUGCUUCCAACUGGAUCAGAAAGCUGUAAGCAGUGCUGAAACACCAAAGUUGGAGAUGCCAUUUGAGCAAUUGGUCACUGUACUAAAAGAUUAUCAUCAGGCACGCCCAGAAAGCAAAAAAGGAACUAGGAUUGUAACAUGCGUCCCUGGAAGUGAAAUCCCGGAAUGGUUUGAUUUCAAAAGCUUAGGAUCUUCCAUAAACAUCCAAUUGCCUUCAGAGUGGUGUUCUAAUAAUAGCAGGAUAAACUUUCCAUGUUUCGUUGCUUCCGUUGUUGUUUCAUUCCCAGACUCUUAUAAUGGUAAGGAAUUGGGCAUUAGAUGUAAAUGUCAUCUGAAAUCCUGUAAUGACGACUCUCAUUACCUGAGUUGUUAUGCCUCCAUUGGGUUUAAAAGCGGAUUGUCAGAUAAAUUGUUAGAUCACUUGUUCCUCUUAUAUGGUGGUGAAGAAGUUAGGGGGUUUGUUAAAAGUGAGGCAUCAAACGAGCGUUUUUACAAUGAGGCUUCCUUUAGUUUCUACCUUGAUGAUGGGGAGACUCUUCAUAAGUGGAUUUGGUCCGAAUGCAAGGUAAAACAGUGCGGGGUUCAUCUAUUGUUUGCAAAUUAACGCUUCGUUUGGUUCAAUGCAAUGGCAAAGCCAUUACAGGACGGUUCCAAUUUCCACAGUAAAGCAGAGGUUUGGUUCGUUGGAAUGCUUAAAAUGCCAAAUGGCGAUUACAGCUUCAUUGCGAAAAUCGUUGAAUAGCCAUUCAGGGGAGGAGGUGCCGAAUUGGCUAUUCCAACCUUUCCACCGAAUGACCUUCUUUUCCCUUCCAAAAACACCCUCAGACUGUAAUUUCUCAACGGUUUCACUUUUUAUUUUUCCUUAGCCAUCAACAAUCUCACGCUCAAAUCAACCUGAAAGGAAGCAAAUCAACUUGAAGGCCAAAGACCCACACUUAGUUUACCACUCCUAAGCGAUUCCAACCUAUCACUGGAAUCGCCUGGUGCUCAGUAAGGCCCUGCUUGUUUUGAUGAACUCCCUAUGUUAAAUGCUCACAAAAGCUGGGUGAACAACCACUGGGCAUUUCCAGAGUUGUCGAGAACGGAUACAAUAUGGCAAGACAAAGUCAGAUUGUAUCGCCAAAAAUGAUGGAAACUUUGUUCCCAGAAAAAAGAAGAAGCAAGAAGAAAAAGGUAGUCAUCCUUUGGUAUUUGAGGUUCUCAGCAAAGAGAGACUUCGCAGUCUUUACAACUGUAAGAGAGGCAGAUAUCAUAAAUGACAACUCUUACAAAGCAAAUACCCUUUACUGGAUUGAUACUGGCGGGUGUAUUACUAACAAUGUUGAUACUGUGGUUACGUUACAGGCAAACCAACGAACUCAAAUUGACCAUGCUCGAUGCGAUAAUGAAGUCAAUCCAGAGAGUUCAGUUCAGGCUGCCUAUUGUGAGGGAACAAAAGGUGGCGGUAACGAUUUUGUCAAGUGCUGCUACAACAAACGCAGGAGGAUAUCUGUGAAUAGGAGGUAAGGAUACCCACAGAUUCUGCCAUCAGAUGGGAGUUGUGCCAUGGUGAAACCGAAAUGGUGUUUUUCUUUUUUUGGAUGCUAUCAACUCAUGAACACAGCUGCAGGGCAUCUGAGUUUUCUUCAUGGAUGUGUAAAUUUCUUGCACAGAACAUCUCAAAAUCAGAUAAGUUGUGUUUAUAUCAAGUAUAAACUUGGGAAAUUAUACCUUAUAGGAUGAAGGAUGCAGAUCUCAUAUUGAUUACCCUUUUGUCCAUAAAUUCCCUUGUUUCAUGUUCUUUUUGAUGGGUUUGGCAAUUAAGAUAUAUCAUAAGUUCAACUGGAA